AUGGGACUUUGGACUGUGUCUCAAGGCAACAGACCGGAGGAUGCCGAGACGUUUCAGAUCGAAAUCAGCGGCCUCCUCGGAGAGCUGCAUUGCCCGUAUCCUUCGCUGACCACAGGGGACCUAAUGGCGAGACUCAGCACCCAAGACAACCGCCUGCAGCUUCUGUAUUUUUUGAGCUCGGAGCUCCUGGCUGCUCGGCUCCAGGCCAGGAAAAAGGUCCAGUCAGCAAAGCAGGUCGACAAAAAUAGCGCAGCCUUGCGAGAACUCCAUCAGAUCUGCCAAGCCCUGGGGAUGCCUGAGCCAGACCCGGCGUCCUCCGUGGCUCAGGUGAUGGAGGACAUUGGAUCCCAGGUUUCAGAGGCACUCACCGCGCAGGCGCCCCAGCCACAGUGGCCGGCACCGCUCCUGAAGGCCCCCUUGACCUCUGAGCAAUGGGAAGCGCUGGAGGAGAUUAACCGAGUGCUGGCGGCCGAAUACCAGUGCCGAAGACACAUGAUGCUCACCCGUUUUGACAUCACCGUGGCCUCCUUCCAUUGGUCUGAGAGGGCCAAGAACCGAAGCACAGCCAUGUCCAAAGCCUUCCAGCCCUUGCGGCAGUCUUUGCCGGAAGACGCCCAGCUCGGCCUUGCCCACCUGCUGGCUGCCCGGGAGGACUUUUCUCGUAUCGUCAAGACCAGCAGCGGUGCCUUGCGGAGCAAAACCAGUUGUGCUGUCAAUAAGGUGUUGAUGACCGGCAGCGUCCCAUACCGGGGAGGACGUCCGAACGAAAUUGAGCGCCCCAUGCCCACCUGGGAGAAGAGGAGAGACGGAGGCGGUGGUGGUGGAGGCGGCCACCGCUGGGCUAAACAGGGCAAGAAAAAGAAGAAAUAA